GCCCACAGUUCAAACUGGAAAAAUGGCGGGGGCUCCCGAGUUGGUGGUUGUAGCUCCUCUGCGGGAUGUGGAGAGAAUGGCCGGGACAGACGACCGGGCCUCGGUCCCUGCCACUGCCCGAGAGGACUUCCGUGUGCGCUGCACCUCGAAGCGGGCCGUGACGGAGUUGCUAGAACUGUGCGGCCGCAUCGUGCAAAAGCUCGGGGAAGCGCUGCCAGAGAAGAUCCGAGAGCCCGCUCUGCGAGAUGCGCAGUGGACUUUUGAGUCAGCCGUGCAAGAGAAUGUCAGCAUUAAUGGGCAAGCGUGGCAGGAAGCUUCAGAUAAUUGUCUUAUGGAUUCCGAUAUCAAAGUACUUGAAGAUCAGUUUGAUGAAAUCAUAGUAGAUAUAGCCACGAAACGUAAGCAGUAUCCCAGAAAGAUCCUUGAAUGUGUCAUCAAAACCAUAAAAGCAAAACAAGAAAUUCUGAAGCAGUACCACCCUGUUGUACAGCCAUUGGACCUAAAAAAUGACCCUGAUCCAGCCUCUUGUAUGGAAAAUUUGAAAUGCAGAGGAGAAACAGUAGCUAAGGAGAUCAGUGAAGUCAUGAAGUCCUUGCCUGCAUUAAUUGAACAAGGAGAUGGAUUCUCCCAAGUUUUAAAGAUGCAGCCUGUUAUCCAGCUCCAGAGAGUCCACCAAGAAGUCUUUUCUGGUUGUUAUAGGAAAGCAGAUGUUAAACCUGAGAGCUUUAUAACACAAAUAGAGACCACGCCAACAGAGACUUCUACCAGGAAAAGCACUGACAUAGUCCUGAAAAGAAAGCGAAGUAAUGACUGUCCCCAGAGAAAAUGGUAUCCACUGCGGCCAAAGAGAAUUAAUCUUGAUACAUAAGCUCUUUUUGUUUAUCUGAGGAGUUGAAAUUAGGCACUAUCAGCAUUUAGAUUAUAGCCUAAUGCUUAGACAGAACUCCAUUUACAACAACAAAUAACUCUUUGGUGAUUCUUUAUAGAAGUAUAGUAGCUCUGUUCUGGCAUAUGAUGUCAUAUUGUGUUUCUUUCCUCGCUAUUUCCUCUAUAGCCAAUGAAAAGAAUGGUUUUUGAAUAUUGGCACAAAGCCCAUGAGUGGGCAUUAAGAGUGCAAACUUUUGCUGUCCUUAGAUGCCAUCCAUUCUUGGCUGCCCUUCAGCUUUUAUGGAAUUUCAUGAGUAACAUAUUCUGUUGGGCUUUUUGGAUAUACGUCUUUCUUAAAAAGAACUGUGCAGCAGUUGUCUGUCUUUAAGUGCUGGGAGUAAUCGUUAGUCCUGCACAGGAGCCAGUGCAGUGGUUUUUUUGAUUUUGUUUUUGAUGCUGUUUGAUUUAUCAAGUUAACAUGGAGAUGACAAGAUUGGUUUUGACGUUGUUACUCCAAAUUCAGCUAAUUUGGAUUUGUAGGAUUAAUUUUAGGAUUUUUAAUUUUUGCUUUGUAAGACAAAGAAGACUGUCAUUUGUGCAAGACUUUCUCUUAGAAAUAAAAAUUGGCAUGUAGCCACUGGUUCUGGCCCACCUUUUUGUUUUCCGUAGACCUUUUAACUUUUAAACAUAAUUUGACUUUGGGACUAAUAUUUUCUUUUCAGGAUUUCUCAUUAAUUCUUUUAGAUGAUUCCAGUUCAAAAAUAUAUAUCAGGUUAAUGCAUUAACAAAUUGUCAUUGUGGAGUAACUGUAGAUGCAGUCACACUGAACUCUUUUACAUUUAAGGAUGUUUCUAUGUCAAGGAUAUAAUCAUUGGUAGAAGUCUGAGAAGGCUGUGUUGCCUCUACUUCUAACAUUUAACUAGUUUCUUAGAGCUCUUAUUGUGUCUGCUGCUCACAUUAGUAUAGUGUAGGCAGGGCCGUCUAACUUGCCAGCUCUUUCCCCUUUUGAUGACUGUGUACCUUCAUUCAUUUGCAGAGGAAUUUGCUAAUCAUGAAGUUGGGAAAUCUGUACUUCUCUUGUUUGUUAUAUCUUAAUAAUCAUAAAUGUCUAAAUGUGACAGAAAGUCUGUCUCGGUGAAGAAGACUUACAAAGCCACUUUAUGCUCUCUGUAUUUUAAUGUUACAAUUUGAGAUCUUUAUAUUUGUACACCGCAGUGUGUUUUUAAUUAAAAUAAUGUACAAAGACUGAA